UAAUUUUUGAUUUCCGACCAUUUUGACCAGACCGACCAGCUCACAAGUGACCGGAUAUACAUAAGAAGUCGAACAAAACUGCACAUCCGUUACCUGUAGACCCCUUCAGCAGCUAUUUUCUUUCCGGCAUUGUCGUAGAACAACCAACAUGCCUUUGGCGAGAGAUCUACUCCACCCCAGCGCUGCUGAGGAGAAGCGCAAACAUAAGCUUAAGCGCUUGGUCCAGCACCCCAACUCUUAUUUCAUGGACGUUAAGUGCCCAGGAUGUUACAAAAUUACAACAGUGUUUAGCCACGCACAGUCUGUAGUUGUGUGCGCAGGAUGCUCGACAAUCUUGUGUCAGCCAACUGGUGGCAGAGCUCGCCUCACUGAGGGCUGCAGCUUCAGGAGGAAACAACAUUAAGUAUCAGUUAAUAAAUUUAUAAAAAUACAA